AUGGCACCCUCACUCUUUUCCAUCAGCUCGGUCGCGCUGGCCUGCGCUGGCGGUGUCUUCGCCAACCGGUACCAUCUAGCCGACACGUACGAUGUCACUCACAACUUCUUUGACAAGUUCAAUUUUAUGACGCAUAAAGAUUACAACAACGGAUACGUCAAGUAUCUGAGCCAGGAAGAUGCCGAGAAGCAGGGCAUCGCGGCUUACGAAGACGGCGAGGUCUACCUGGGCGUUGAUCACAAAAGAAUAGUCAAGGCUGGAGAUGUCGGUCGCUCUAGUUUCCGAAUCGAAUCCAAGACGACUUUCAAGCACGGCCUUCUCAUUGCCCGAUUCACCCAUCUGCCGGACAACUCCUGCGGCUCCUGGCCUGCCUUCUGGACCCUCGGUGAUUUGGAGUGGCCCAAUGGCGGCGAGGUCAACAUGCUGGAAGGCUGGAAUAUGGACAAGUCCAACAAGCCGGUGAUUCACGUCGGACCCGAGAGCAAGUACGGUCGCUGCAUGAUCGAAGGUUCCAACUCAACCGCGUCCAUCAGGAGCUUCAACUGCGAUAACCAGUAUGAGAACAAGCAAAAAAACCAAUACAAGUUUCAGGGCUGCGGUGCCUCCGAUUCCAAGGCCCCUUUCGCCGACCCCAAGGGUGGUAUCUACGCCAUGGAAUGGACGAGCGACUUCAUCAAGCUGUACUCGUGGAGGACCGGCAGCGAGCCUGCCAACGUUGGCCAAGACAGCCCCGAUACCUCCACCUGGGGCAUGCCAUCCAUGUUCCUCAAGAACGAGAACUGCGACAUCGAUCGUCAUUUCACCAACCAAAGAAUCAUCCUCGACAUCGCAUUCUGCGGCAACCCCGUUGCCCAGGACGUGUUCUGGGGCCAAGGAUGCAAGGCAAAGACGAAGGAGGCUGUCUGCGCCGACUACGUCGGUAAGAACCCGGCCGAUUUCAAGGAUACCUACUUUAGGAUCAAGGAUAUCCGGUACUUUCAGGACUCCUCCAAGUCGACCUUCUCGGACUCGAAAUCCAUCGAAAGUUCUGCUACGGAAAAUGGCACAACUACAGAUGCUCUUACUUCUCCUGCCGAAGACUCGAAACUUUACGAGGAGACUGCCACUGGCAAUGGCACAACCAACGCCCCUUAUGCUCCUGAGGAAGACUCGAAGCUUGUUGAGGAGUCUGAUGCCGUUAAUGGCAAGACCGAUGCCCCUUAUGCUCCCGAGGAAGACUCGAAACUUGAUGAGGAGCCUGCUGCCGCUAAUGGCACAGCUUAUCCCCCCCAAGCUCCUAUGAAAGACCAGAAACUUGGCGACCAGCCCGCUCUGGCCAACAAGUUGGAACUUGACGAGGAAUCUCUUCAAGGAAAUGCAACUCACUCAUACCAAGCUACUCCUGUUGAUGACUCGGAACCUAACAAGGAUGCUGCAGCUGAAGAUGAAAACGCCAUUGCUGAUGACAUGCCUGUGCCGAGCAUGACCCCGGAUUCAAGCCUCUCUGCUUCGUCCAACAAGCUGAACAUGUCGUCCCAGGAGGCAGACAUGUCCUCUUCCGAAGCCGACCAGAGCAUCGACACGGAACUUGCUCCCUCGGAUGAGAUGCCAGAGGUGGAAACGGUCACUCCCAAUGGUCCCCUGUCAACCAAGUAUGAAAACCGUCCCGCUGGUUCGUCUGGCUGGAUGAUGGCGACCAACUCCGAACCGAUGGUUGCCUCAACUGUUUACUCGUCUUGCGUCGUCACUGUCACAAGCUGCCCGACAACGGUCACCAACUGCCCCAACAAAGUCAGGGUUGUUACCAAGAUGAUUCCCAUCUACGUUUACGUCUGCCCUGCCAGUCAGGUCAAAAAUCACAAUUCUGGCACAGAUGAGCACCAUGACGUCGGUCUUCCCAUUACCCCGGGUAGCCUUCAGCAUUACCCAGAGGAGGAGUCAUCGAACACUGAUACUGAGGAGCCCGAAGAGCCAUUGGCCCCUGUGACUAAGAAGCCUCAGGUGGAAAACCCGGAUGAAGAGCCAGUCGUCCCUGAGCCUAAGAAGCCCCUGGUAGCAAACCACGACGAAGAGUCGGACCUCACUAAUACCAACGAGGACCAGUCGAACUACCAGGGUGAGCCAGAAGAGCCAUUGGCCCCUGUGACAAAGAAGCCUCAGGUGGAAAACCCGGAUGAAGCGCCAGUCGUGCCUGAGCCUAAGAAGCCCCAGGUUGAAAACUACGACGAAGAGUCGGACCUCACUAAUACCAACGAGGACCAGUCGAACUACCAGGGUGAGCCAGAAGAGCCAUUGGCCCCUGAGCCUAAGAAGCCCCAGGUAGCAAACCACUACGAAGAGUCGGACCUCACUAAUACCAACGAGGACCAGUCGAACUACCAGGGUGAGCCAGAAGAGCCAUUGGCCCCUGAGCCCAAGAAGCCUCAGGUAGAAAACCCGGAUGAAGAGCCAGUCUUCCCUAACCCAAAGGAGCCAGGAGUACCUGCAGAGCCAGUUCUUCCGGAGCCAGAGAGGACAAUCUCUACAAUCUACUCUACUAGCGUCCAGACUAUCAAGGGAUGCCCAUCUUCAGUCUCCAACUGCCCCGAUCGGGAUAAUGUACAGUUUGUUACAAGUAUAGUUCCGUCAUCUACAACUAUUUGCCCUGUCAACACUGAGCAGACUCCCAUUGUCCCUGCCCAGUCGCCGAUCAACCCCGAGCCAGAGAUCCCCGAGCAGACUCCUGAGCCAGAGACAGCUGAACCAGAGAUUUCUAACCAACACAUUCCCGAAACUGAAGAGACUCCUGAGCCUUACACUCCUAGGCCGACUGGGCCAGAGACUUCUGAGCAACACAUUCCCGAAACUGAGGAGACUCCUGAGCCUUACACUCCUAGGCCGGCUGAGCCAGAGACUUCUGAGCAACACAUUCCAGAGACUUACGAGACCCCUGAGCCUUACACUCCUACACCAGCUGAGCCAGAGACUUCGGAGCAACACAUUCCUGAGACUGAAGAGACUCCUGAGCCUUAUACUCCUAGGCCAGCUGAGCCAGAGACUUCGGAGCAACACAUUCCUGAGACUUACGAGACCCCUGAGCCCUACACUCCUAGCCCAGAGACUUCGGAGCAACAUAUUCCUGAGACUGAAGAGACUCCCGAGCCCUACACUCCUAGCCCAGAGACUCCUGAGCAAGGAACUUCUGAGUCAGAGACUACUGAGCAAAUCAUUCCUGAGUCAGGGACUCCAGAGCCAGAAACAUCUGAGCAAUUCAUUCCUGAGGCAGGGACUCCAGAGCCAGAAACAUCUGAGCAAUUCAUUCCUGAGGCAGGGACUCCGCAGGCAGAAACAUCUGAGCAAAUCAUCCCUGAGGCAGGGACUCCUGAGCCAGAGGCACCCCCGCCCCAGAUGGGUAUUUCGACAGUGUACAAAACCAGCGUUCAAACUAUCAGUGGGUGCCCAGCCACAGUCACCGAUUGCCCCAAUGGGAAUCAGAUCGUCACCAAAACCAUCCCCUGGCGCACGACCAUCUGCCCCAUUGAGCCUGGUCAGACCCCUCCGGUGCCGCCUCAAGAGCCAACCCCUCUUCCUUAUGAGUCAACUAAUACAAUUGAGGAGGAGCCGCCUACUGCUCCUUAUCCUUUCAAGGAACCGUUUUCUCCUCCUUUCCAACAGCCGCCUUCUGGUGCUAACGAGCCGCUCCCCCCUAAUGACCAAUCCAAUACCAUUGAUGAGAACCAGCCUUAUUAUCCUGAGGGGGGCACAACUUCAAAUAUGCCGCUUCCUCCUCCGAAUGAUCCAUCCAAUACUAUUGAAGAGGAGCCUCCUACUGAGAAGCCGCCUUCCUCUCCUUAUGGAGUGCCGGCUUACACCACUAAGGAGCCGUCUAAUACGAUUGAAGAGGAACCUCCGAGGAACCUUCCCGAGCAACCCGAAGCCUCCGUCGACAGCAAAAUUAUUUGGAACGACGAGCCUUCCCAGUGCACCACCGGGGCAACCGUCACGGAGACCAUCACGUCCGUGUUUACUGUGCCUGGCCCGCUUGUCACCCAGUAUGUGUCUGUCUGUCCGGGCUGCAAGUGA